AUGGAAUCAUGGCGGGAACGAGGCUUUGUACCGGACUCAGACUCGGAGGACGGGUUCGACAGCCAAGAAACGGUCAAUUCCCGCAGAGAGCAUGACUCGGCAGCUGGCGCUGCGACACCAUCUUCGGCCGUCGCAGUCUUCAUAACCGCCAACGAUGCGGAGGAUGGUGCUACUGAAUCCCCGCCAGACAGGAACGUUAGCGGUCCAGCGGAUUCCCCUGCCCUCGACUCGGACGUCGAAAACGGUCCUACCCACCCUGAGCAUCCUGCGGACGAAUCUGCGCGACGGAUCGAUAAAGGCACACUGUCGGAACAGUCUGCGGAUGAGACGACUCCGCACGCAGCUGGGAAUUUGGCUCAGCCGGGAAACGCUCGUGGCACCGCCUCGUGGACACAAAUGGGAGCAGGUAACCCGGGUGACUCUAGCUCGGAAGAUGAGCUGCAGUUUGAGUACAUGCGGGCCCGGAAGCCGGCCCGGGUCUAUACGCGCGUCAAGAGCUCUGCUCAACCGCAAGCGCCGGAGGAGAGCCAGGACUUUUCGGUCUCUUCGUCGCCGCUGUCGUCGCUUGAUUCUCAGCGCUUGAACUUUGACGAUAUGGAGGAUCAGGAAACUGUUGCUGCAGAUACUGGUCAGACGCAGAGACAGGAGGGGUGCUUGGAUGGCCUGACCGCGCUAGAGGAUUUGAUGGAGUUGGACUUGCCGGAGGACAAUGCUGGGAAGCAGGACUCCAGGAAGGGAGACGUGGCGGAGCGAGGCUCAACUGAGCAGGGCAUAACGGAACAAGCUACGGGGGUUCAUACGCUGACGGAUCAAGGUAUGGUCGGACAGGACUCGGUGGACGGGGUAAUGGAAGAGCUCCCGCCGCUGGACGUCUCUGAAGACUUGUUACGUGGAUUAUCUCAGCCUGCGCGCAGAUCCCUACGAGAACGAAAAGCCAUCCAGUUGCAUCCCUACAUGCUUGAAGACGCGAAGUAUCGUAAUCUCAUGCGGGCCCGAGGUGUCAAACCAGUGCGCGUGGCCCAGCAGGAACUCACCCGCCCGGGAGCUCGAGAAAGCCAAAAUCAGGAUUACAUCGACCAAGCCGAACCAAUGUCGGAUAGCAUAGGCGCUGAAUAUGAGUACAUGCCGUCAUCUCCACUUGAACCUCGUCGUGCUGUCGAGAAACGACCAAUCGAGGCAUCUCCCGAGCGGCAACAACAUCGGGCUGCACGAGCGCCGUCCACAAAUCGGCCUUCUAAUCCUCAGCCAAAGAAGCGAAAGGUGUCUAAAGUCUCAAACCCUCAACAAACGCCCCAAACCCAGGCCCGAUUACAGGUCGUUAUUGAUAUUGGUUCAUCUCCCGCUAGACAGGCAGAGAGGCCUAUCUUUGACAUCCCUAGCCCACCACGCUCUGAAGAUGAUGAUCAGUCUGACACGGAACCUCCAACGACCUUUCGAUUUCCACGAGGCUUUACGCCUGCACUGAACACUCCUAGCACUGGCCCACGAGCCGAGACUGUCGAUCGCGAGGUCAUGGAUUGGCCAGCCCCUCGUGCGGAAGGCAGCCUGGACGGGCAAUUCGAGGCAGUCCCAAGUCCUCUUGCCGAGGAAACCCCUCAAGCGGUCAGCGAAGAGGAGCGCGAAGAAAGUGGUGACGAAAACUCAGAUGAGGAUGAAGCUGCAAUAAGGCGCCGCUACCAACGACGAAUUAAGGGAGUUCUCCCGGCGUCGUGGCUGCGACUAGAUCAGCAAAAGCAGAAGGACGUGCUUAGCGCAACACAGCGAAACAGCGACAGGAUGGCCAUGCGAACAGACGACACCAAAGGUGUUGCGAGGAAAGUACUGAGGCAUGGUGGCACUGCUAGAUUGCCGGGCUCUUUGGAUGCCCUUCGACAGCUUGCCGACUCUGAUAGCGAAGAUGAGCAUCAGGACAAAGAAAAUAGAGGCAAAUCCGCAUCACAAGGAGUGAUAGAUCUUGAAAUUCCAUUUCUGGAUGAAGAUAUGGAUGAUGACAUCCCAGAAGACAACCGCAUUGAUAAUAUGUUUCCACCUGUUCCUCGUUAUACCUCGGGCUUCAAAAACCGAAAGCAAACGAAGAAAAGACCUGGAAUCACCUCAACCAGAAAAUCUCGCCUCAAAAGACAAGCAAGGCUGACGGAUCCCAUCUACCAGGCACAGAAGCAGCAAGAAAGAAGAGCACCGAUUCUGCCUCGAGUUGGUGUUUUGGAUGCUCCAGAUGUUGUUUCCCGACCCCGGAGCGAACAGCCGCAAUUCCUGAGGGUCGCUGCACGCAAGGCACGCACUCGUCAAGAUAAAGGAAGACGAAGUCCGUCUCGCAAAAUCAUCAAGUUAAACUCGCGGGCGGAUACCGAAGACGCGAAUGCGUCAUUACGUCAAUGGCGAAGCGGAAAUCUUCGACAAACGAGACUGCCAAAUAUUCAAACUAAACCGUUCGAGCAGCAGAGUUCGCGGCAUAACCAUGCAAAGACGAAACCUUCCCGCGCCGGAAAUGAGAAGGGUCGGCUGCCUCUCGGGAGUAUAGCAUCUGCUCUCCUGCCCAUAUAUCAGUCUAGAGAUUCUCGACAACACAGUCUCGAUUCUGGGGGACUCCAGCCUGAAGCUGAUCCAGCCAUUUUGCUCCCAAUGCCAACAACCGACCGGUUGCCUCGUGAAGCCGUUGAGCCCCAGCAUCCAAACAACAAGUGGAUGAUCAAAAGGAACUUUGCUGUCACCUCUUUCACGAGGAAUGGCUUUCGGCCUGCAUUGCUUGAGGUGGAGAACCCUGCCGGUCGACCAGUGUCGUCAUUGUCUUUUCAACGGUCACUAUCACUGUUGAGUCGAGACUACCGCGGCAAACGCCUUCCUCGGGCGAGGCCUGGAAACGUGGUCAUGGAUAGGUUCAUCUCGAGUCGCAGUUCGACCCCUGUAUCUGCUGAUAAACCAGCUGAGCUCGCUACUGCUAUGCCUGAAAGACCAGGCGCCAGAGUCUCAGCACCCCAGGCACAAUUGCAACGUCGCCAACCAAGGAAGCGUCCACCAAGGCGUCUGGAGACAGACUUGAUAGAAGAAGAGGAGCCGUUACCUCGUGAGACAGUGGUAGUUUCAGACUUUGAUUGGCGGUUGGAGAAACCACAGCCGACUAGCUCUCCUGAUGGGGCACUGGAAGGGUUACGACGAACUUAUACCAUUGAUUUCGGUAUCACCCCGUUGAUUCCAGGAACAUUCUUCCAUGAGUCAACCUUUAUUGGAAGUGGAGAAUUCCAUCGCUCGCUCAACCUUCUUGCUAGAAACUUAGACUCCGACGCUGGAUCUUUCACUUUGCAAAUCGGGGAUCAACGCUAUCGCUGGGGUGCUUGGAACGAUGCUGUCUCCUUCGGUCUUGGAAUCGCUUUUGACAAGGUUGUUGAAGACUUAGAGCGGCCACUUGAGGGCUCAAUCGGUUCCCCUCCUAGUGACAAGCAUGAUAGUAUGGUGUACAGGCCCUUGGUCAGGUAUAUUACAGAAGUUCUGUCUUUUAUCGAUCCUAUCGAUCGAACGGGGUUCGUGAAGCGAGCUCAUGGUCUUAUUUGCAAGGUCAAUGACGCUUUGGCGCCGCUUGUCCCGACUACUGAGCCGGAGGUGGAGUACCUGUCUACCAUCUCUUUUUAUAACACUGUCUUCGCGAAUCUGGUAUUUCAAAUCGCGGGACAUGAGCUUGUCGAAACAAGCGCUUCCGACGAGGUUUUGAGUUCAUUGAAGCUAGCGUCCAGGCAGUCUAUCGCCUUUAUCGCGAGCGACCUAGGCCAGUCUAGUAUCCGCAGACAUCUUGAAGACCUCGAAACUACUGAGGUCCGUGAAAUUGGGGUUCGCAGUGACAGAUCUCCCCUUCAGGCGUAUGUCGCUGUUCGACAUGUGCUGCGCAGCAUUGAAAGCGUGAAAGGAUAUUUCGAAGACCUUCAGACGCAGGCCUACACGUCAAUGGACAGGGGAAACGUGAGCAACUCAAAGAACGUCGCUCAGCUAGAAGCAGCGUGGCGUAAUGUCUUCACAGCCUUGCCUCUAAACGAAUUUGAUGUGUGUGGCAUUGCCCAGAUCGGCUUGCGCUUCCGUGAACACCAGGACAAUUGGCCCGUGGUAAAGACGCUGCUACGUCCUGCCUUGGAGGGCUAUGAGGCUACCUCUGCCGUGCAGCCGGUCUCUUACUACAAUUAUUGCCGGGCCUUAUUCCAAAGAUGCUUUCACCUUAUCAGCGGCUGGGGGUGGCAUGAUUGCAAGCCGAUCUUGGACAUGCUUUACGAUUUCUUCGCCAAGAAUACCCUGUACAAUCUAAGGCAUGAAGAGAGUUACAAGUCGCCAGAUUUCCUCGAUGAACUUGAUCGCAAUCCUUCGCUCCACGUGCAGCCUGGCGAGCCAUGCUUUCAUGUAUUGUUGAAGAUUAUUGCGAAGGGGUUGAAAUCCUUAUCCAAGACAUAUGACAAGAAGAAGGUGCGGAAUUUUGCCUGGCGCCUGUUGCCCAAUCACGGCCGGAUGUAUCCAAAGGAGAAGCCCAUCCAGCAGACUGACCUAGACGCUUUGCGGAAUCAUCACGAUCUACUCUGCACACUGUACUAUGCUGUACCGGAAGGAUGCCGGCCCCGGUUGGAGACAAUCCGAGAUCUUGUUCAGCCUGCUAGUUCCCAUCGGGAGACCUGCAACAUCAGCCUUCGAUCCUGGGAUCGACUUGUCCGCUUCAAGCUUUCCACUGAUGAAGAUGUCUCCGGGCUUGAGCCAUUUGCUGACUGGCACUCGUAUUUCGUGAACGAGCUACUGAAGCAGCACGCAAUGGCUCGCCAGGAAAUCGAGGCGCAAAACGCAGCAGCCAACCAGUUCUCUACUAAAUUGGUGGAGAAGACUAUAGCGCAGAACCAACGGCAGAUCGAAUCAUUGUUGAAAACGGCGCUGAGCAGCCUGCGCAGUGCUGUCAAGGCGGCGUCGACAUUACAGCAUGCUCAGAAGCUUGUGUCGAAGAUGCCAGUGAAAUCCUUGCUAGGCCUCUUCAAUCCCCAGCUUGCCCGCGUUAACGUCAUCUUGACUGAGUCUCUCCUGGUGAUACAAGCCUAUCUCGACAAAUGCAAUGCUUGUCAAGCGCAAGCCCGAGAGCUAGCCGGGCCGCCUGUUGCGGUGGAUGACGACAGCCAAGAGUAUGGGGACUGGGCCGAUAUUGAAGCUGCAUACGGGGGAAUGGCUACAGCAGCACCUGAGAUUGAGUUCGUGGAGCAGGUCUUUCAUCCGGCUGUGGCUCAGCUUGUGUCCAACUGCUUUGGAGCAGACUAUUGUCCUGAGGAUGCAAUCCUGCUUGGUGCUGUAGAUUGUUGGACGUCUGUCGCACAGACUCUUGUCAAGCACGGACUACGGCAUUGGGACAGCUACCUUAGUCCUUACAAUGGCGACUCAUGGGCAACGCUUCGAUCAACAAUGCAGACCAGGAAGUUUACACCGUAUUUCCUGGCAAGCUGCAUCGAGAAAGAUGCCCGGUUCCUUAUCGAGUGCAAAGCUCAGAUCUUGGGCAUGUGGAUGGCUAGUUUGGUCGAAAGACUCGCGUUGCUGAAAUACCAACACCGCUUGACGGAAGCUUUGCUGAACCAAGAGAAGACUGAUCCAGUGUUGCAAAACCUACCUUUUGCUGUGGAUCGCCAGCAGGGCCAAUACUCGCUUACUCUAGAAGAUAUCAGCCAGCGUCGGUUAUCCCUGCUGUCCAGCCUCUUGGCCAACAUGCGUUCACACUUGCAGCAUCUCGAUGAUGCCAGUGCACGGGAAUUCUCGAGCACACGACAGGAAUACGCGGAGUCAAUCCAGAAGAUGAUGUCAUCCAUGAAGGCCAAUUAUCAGGAGCUAGGGAACGGCACCAAGAGCGUCCAAGGGGCCUAUGUCGAUCUCGUCCAUCGUGUUGUCGGGUUCCUGCAGCAGCAUGGCCGGGAAAUAUGCCCCAUCGAUCCAUUCUUCACCGAUCCUGCUUCUUUCCCGCUGCCGUCCACAGAUCCGACAUACAUCGUCGCUCGAUUGAAGAGUUAUGAGCCCAAGGUCUCAUCGGAGAAGGUCGCGAAAACGCUUGUGCUGUUCGUUCAAAGCGUUUCAGAGAGGGCGGCUAUAGACGGCCAACAGGAUUACCUCGUCAACCAACUACAUGCCUCGAUGAGUGAAACUUACGAGAGCGGUCAUGCGGACAAACCCACGCUGAGGUCGACGAUGCUACAGGCUGUGUUUCCGGCUUACCUGGAGGCAGCUUUCAGUAGCCGAGCAGCUUGGAUCCUCAGUCGACCGAUUAUUCAUACCAUUCAACUCGUUUUCGAGGAGCUUAUGCUCAUGUUAGACUCUACCGACACUGCAUGCGUUGGAUCGAUUCUGAACAUUUUUGCUUCCGUGUACGAGCCAUCCUAUCGUGCGUUGCAGCUUCCGUUGAUCAGGAAUGUCAAUCUCCUUACCGACCCCGCGGUAGCCCUCACCGCCGCCUCGUUCUUCGAGAUGAUUACGUCCGCUUUGCCGGUCAUUGACUACAUUGAGCGCGGAAGCACGGAUUACCCAGCCGCUAUCGACCAUAUCCUUCUUCAGCUCCGGGCUUUCCGCCAGCUCGCUCUCGCACUCUCCCGUCCAUCUGAAGCUGGCGGACCCCAACCCAUCGCUGUAGACCUUACUCCGUAUGCCACAGCGUUCACUUCCUAUGCCGCGGCCCCUAUAACCCCAGCAUUCUUCUCCGAAGUGCGCCACUCCGCAGGCCGUGAACUACAAUCUUAUAUUCAGGAGAGCUGGUCCUGCCACCAAGGCAGAUACUAUUUUACACGCCGAGGCGGCCACCAGCCACAGGAAGUGGAGCUGGAACCCGCCGUGGCCGCCCAGCUGGAGCAAUCUCCCGUGCUUCAGUUGCAAUCUGCGGCGCAAAACUACCUGGCGAACUUAGGUCGCCUGGGUCUUAUUGAGGAGGAAGAUGUGGACAACGGCGAAUGUGUUUCUUCUCUGGGAGGUCUUUCUGAUCGGCAGUUAUGAGCGUGGGCUGAGUCGGGUGGUCUUAUAUAGUGAUGCAUGAUGAUACCAUGAUUUGUCCAUUGUUUGGGCUAAUGUACUUACUGGCGCUGGUCUUAGAUGGG